CGGCGGCGGCGGCGGCGGCUCCGGCCGAAGGACGAUGCGGCACCGGCGGUGGCCCCGGAGAGCCCCGGCCCCGCCGAGCUCUACCGAGCGCUGGCGGCGGCCGGCGGGACCCUGCCCCGCGUGCGCAAGGGCCCCUGGAAAAGCCCUUGUGUGGUGACACUGGGACCGACACCGCCCUGCUGCUCCCCCCGGCCCCGUGGUGCUUCCUGAGCGUUGUGGGGAAGCGAGAGCAGAGCCGGCAUCCGGAGCAGAAGUGGCCUCAUGGCUGAACUGCCUCAGCCCAGAUAUGCAUGGUGGUCUGACUCCCACUCACCAGCCAAGGCCACCACCAGAUAUGUCCCUAAGGAGUCCUGGACGUCACCUUCCUGUCACUGUGGUGACGUGGGGCCCAGCAUGACAGGCGACAACUUUCCCUUUGUUGAACACACCCAGUUCUGGUGUUUUUGUGCCCGUGGGUGCACUGGGGACUGUAAGCCACUAUCUGGUGACACCCGCAGGGCUGGUGACACCCAUGUGGCAGAGCACAGAGGGAACCGCUGGCACUCGGCUGCCACCAAGAUGUGCCAUGUGCCGCUCUCAAUGGACAGCUUAUGGUGACACUGCCUGCACUGCACUGGGGCUGCCAGAGCCCAGCAGCCACAGAGGGGCAUUUGGGGACAGCCCUGUCGCCUCCUGCCCUGCGGUGAGGGUCCUGUCUUGCCCGGCCAGUCCCUCCACCCGCCCACGCCUCUGCGCCUGCCACAACAGGGACAUUGUCUGGGCGGGGGGGGGGGGGGGUGGAUUUUGCAUGAAAAAAACCGACUUUGUGACCACAACAGGGCCUCUCUGUGCCGGGGCCCCUCCGAGCGUGGCGUGGGGUGGGUGCGGCGUGGUUGACGUCAAAGCGUGGGGCGAGCUCAGGGCAGCUCUGAGGGUGCCUUUGAGCACCGAUCAAAGUCCCCUUAUGCCCGGCCAGCCGGGGGGCACCCGGGUGCUGUUUUGGUGCUGGCUUGGCACGGUGCUCCCCCAGGGUUUGGUGCUGUCCUGGUGGGACACGGCGUUUUGGCUGUCCCUGGAGGAGGUGGGGGAAUGUCCCCUGGGGUGUCCCCGGCUGAUGGCUCUUCCUUUGCUGCAGGACACAGGGUUCAAGUGGGCAUCCCCCAGCCAGUCCCCAGAGGAGCACAGGAGAGUGGUGAUGCUGGAGAAGAAGGCGGAGGAGUCUUUCGGCUUUGAGAUCCAGACCUACGGGCUGCACCACCAGGACAGGAACAGCGUGGAGAUGUUCACCUUUGUGUGCCGCGUGCACGACGGGAGCCCGGCUGAGGCCGCGGGGCUCAAGGCUGGGGACACAAUCACGGGGGUGAAUGGGCUCAAUGUGGAGGGCAUCCGGCACCGGGAGAUCGUCGAGAUCAUCAAGAGCUCGGGCAAUGUGCUCCGGCUCGACACUCUCUAUGGGACCUCCAUCCGGAGAGCUGAGCUGGAGGCCCGGCUGCAGUACCUGAAGCAAACCCUCUAUGAGAAGUGGGGAGAGUUUCGCUCGCUGAUGGUGCAGGAGCAGCGGCUGGUGCGGGGUGUAGUGGCCAAGGACCCCAGCAUCUACGACACGCUGGAGUCCAUCCGCUGGUGCCUGCAGGGGGAGGGACUGCCGGGGGGCUCCUCCCGUGCCAGCGGCAGCGAUGACUCCCUGUACCAGACCUGCGUCUUCGCCUCUUCCAGCUCAUUGGAUGGAGACAAGGAUGGGGACAAGGACAAGGAUGAGGACAGCGGGGGUCCCGCGCCCCCCCCACCGCGCCCCCGACCUGCCCUGGCCCGCAGCGCCAGCCUCAAGUGUUCGGGGGGGCCGGGGGCUGCGGGGAGGCUUUGGGCCCGGGCCGGGGACCCUGGGGAGGGGGCGGCCGCCCCCCGCAAGAGCCGACACAGCAGCUUCCGCCAGCGGCUGCUCAAGUUCAUCCCGGGUUUGAACCGGGCGCUGGAGGAGGAGGAGAGUCACCUCUAGGCGACAGCCCCCGGCCCCCCAGGACUAUUUAUUUAUUUAUUGCAAGGGGCUUCAUUCCCCCGGCCCCCAGCCCUGGGGGCUACAGGAAGGAGGUUUGGGCUGGCCCCAGGGGUUCCGAUUUAGGCCCCCCCGGGCCGUGGGGCUCGUGACACUGAGGGAUGGACACAACACCAAGGGACAGACGUGAGGACUCUCCUGAAGCGGCUCAUGGAGCUGUCGCCACUCUCGGGAGCAGGGGCCUCCUCCAAGGAGGGGAGCAUCGGGGGAGAAUCCCGCAUUCCUCAGGUUCGGGGGGCCAUGGGGGUCCCACCCCUGCUCCCCCCGGGCUGUUGUACCACGUCAGUUCUGGCCAAUAGAGAGACGAUUUGCA